UUGUGUACCUAUAGCUCUUUGAGAGUUUGAAUUUUCCCGAGAUCUUUGACCAGAGGGAAAACGAAGAGAUAUAGAAAUCUAGCAACACGACGAUUCGGGAGACUCUCUUGCGUUGUGCUUGGAUCUGGUUCCGUUGUAAAUUUCAGGUUUUGAUUGAUUCUAAUUCACCAGAGGAAGUUAGCUUUUGUUCAUCUAGAUUAGGCUAUUGAGGUGUUGUUGUGGCUUUGCAAAUAAAGGUUUUGAUGAGAUGAAGGCAGUUAAAAGAUGGAGUAUAGGGAACUUAGGAGAUAUUCCCGUGUCUUUUCCUGGAGCUCGACACCGUGCUCCUCCCGCAAGACGACGAGUAUGGAUCAUCAUGGUGCUUUCACUGAUCACCAUGUUCUUUAUUACGGCUUACAUGUACCCUCAUCAUAGUAAACGUGCUUGUUAUAUGAUUUCGUCAAGAGGAUGCAAAGCUUUAGCUGAUUGGCUUCCACCUUCUCUGAGGGAAUAUUCAGAUGAUGAGAUUGCAGCUCGCGUAGUCAUUAGAGAAAUAUUGAGUUCACCUCCUGUUAUUAGAAAGAACUCUAAAAUUGCAUUCAUGUUUUUAACUCCUGGUACAUUGCCUUUUGAGAGGCUUUGGGACAGAUUUUUCCAGGGCCAUGAAGGGAAAUUCUCUGUUUAUAUACAUGCAUCAAAGGAAACGCCAGUUCACUACAGUCGUUACUUUGUCAACCGCGAAAUUCGUAGUGAUGAGGUGGUGUGGGGAAGGAUAUCAAUGGUUGACGCAGAGAGACGGUUGUUAGCUAAUGCUCUCAGAGACACUUCAAACCAGCAAUUUGUUUUACUCUCUGAUAGUUGUGUACCACUUCGAAGUUUUGAAUACAUUUACAAUUACCUGAUGCACAGCAAUCUCAGCUAUGUUGACUGCUUUGACGACCCAGGUCAACAUGGAGCAGGCAGGCAUAUGAAUCACAUGUUGCCUGAAAUCCCAAAGAAGGAUUUUCGAAAGGGUGCACAGUGGUUCACCAUGAAGCGACAGCACGCUGUAGCAACUAUGGCAGAUAGUCUUUACUACUCUAAAUUUCGGGAUUACUGCGGGCCAGGUAUAGAGAACAACAAGAACUGCAUAGCUGAUGAACACUAUCUGCCAACAUUCUUUCAUAUGCUCGAUCCCGGUGGUAUUUCUAACUGGACUGUAACACAAGUUGAUUGGUCUGAGAGAAAGUGGCAUCCAAAAACUUAUAUGCCUGAGGAUAUCACACCCGAUUUACUAAACAACCUCACGUCUACUGACACACUCGUACAUGUCACAAGUGUUGGGAUGGGUGAAGAAAUAUGGAUGCCUUGUAUGUGGAACGGAAUCAAAAGACCGUGCUACUUGUUUGGAAGGAAAUUUCACCCGGAUACACUCGAUAAACUGUUGGAUCUCUUCUCAAAUUACACAACAUCAGUCACUUGGAAUUUGUGAUUAAAAGGGUAUUUUUCUUCUAUACACUCAGAUUCUUUGACCAAUGUUCGUCUUCCCCACUCAUAUGAAUCAAAAUCAUCUUUGAAG